AUGCCUGGUCAAACAACUCAGUCGGAUGAUGAGUACAAGGCACAUCUCUCAGGAUUCGAGAGGAAGAUGGCGGAAGACGAUUUUGGGAGUGAUGACUUGAGGCAAAUCUUCAAUGAGAGAUUGGUGCUUGUGCUGAGCGAACUCGCAGACCCCACAGACGACCAGACAGAAGAAGAUCGCGAGACCAUUCGCAAGCUGAUCAAAAGCUACCUCAAUGAUAAACGAACCAUUAUCCUGGCAGUGAUGGAUGCGAGAAACAAUUUUGCCAAUCAAGAAGUAUUCUCUAUGGCUCUAGCCGCAGACCCUGCAGGGGUUCGCACAGUCGGAAUCAUUACCAAAUGCGACGCUUUGGAGCCUGGCGAUGAGGACAGGGUUCUGAAAAUCGCUAGAAAUGAAGAUGAAAGGCUGACUCACGAUGGCAUGACGAUUGACGGCCGCCACAAACGGGAAAAGGAAUUCUUUUCCACCGUAUCGCCGUGGAACACUCUUCAAACAGACAGAGUUGGCAUCAAACAGUUGAAGGUUUUCCUGGGACAACUCCUGUAUGCGCAUAUCCGUGGAGAGUUUCCCGGUGUAGUGAAAGACAUCGAAGAAUUCUUGCGAAACGCGCGGCGGGAGUUGGAGCAGCUUGGGCCUUCACGACAAACAGCUCCAGAUCAACGACGCUAUGUGACUCAAAUUGCCGCGAAAUAUGAGCGGGUAGCAGCUAUGAUUCUACUCUAG